AUGCAGUCUUUACGAACAAAAACUAUUGGGACCGAUCUGCUGUUUUACCAUUUAAAAUACCAGCAUACAGAAGAGAUAUUGAGGAUGCUUCAAAAUCGAGAAGUUACGCCUAAUGAUCAAGAUAUCAAUGGGAUGACCUCACUUCAUGUGGUUACAGAACUGGAAAAUGCUAACCUUGUAAGAAUUUUGCUAAACUAUGGAGCGAACCCAAAUACUCCAACACAUUUGGACGUCGGAUAUUAUUUACCAAUACAUAAAGCUUGCGAAAAAGGGAAUAGGGAAAUUGUUGAAAUGCUUAUUAGGGCUGGAAGUGACCUGAAUUUCAGAAAUAAACUGGGACAUACAGCCCUGCAUGUAGCAGUAAGACAAAGAAAUGUGGAAAUUACGAGAAUGCUGAUAUCGCAAGGUGCAGACCCUAAUAUCAGAGAUGUUAUGGGCUGCAAUCCAAGCUAUUAUGCUAAAAUAAAUGAUGUAAAAGAACUUAUUGCAGAACUACCCCCUCCAAUUACAAUGAAGCCUGAAGAAGUUAUGGAGCACAGAAUUUUUGUGAGAGCUGUGCUUGGUUUUGAUCCUGAUAAAAAAUCAGAUAAAAAAGGGAAAAAGGGUAAAGGAAAGAAAGGCAAAGGAAAGAAGGGGAAAAAGAAAUAG